CUGUCGUGAGUUCCUGUUGACGACUUUAUCGGAGUGGAGCUGUCUCUAAAACCAGAGAGAUUCAUUCACGCCGAGUGGAAAGCACUCUGAACUAGUUUGCUGUCCACAUUUCACACCCGUCGAGGUUAACUUUGAACCGUAGUAAUAGUUCUACAUUUGUGAAAUCUACGCCGAAAUGGACCCCGCCAGUCAAGAUAUCAACCUGAACUCUCCUAACAAGGGCCUUGUUGUGGAUCAAGCAGAAAGCCUUUCCGAUGUGCCGGUGGAGGGAGUGGUGGAGGCGGGGCCGGUGGGGAUCGCAGCCAACCCUCUUCCACCUGGCCUGAUGGAGGAAGAGGCAGAGGAGCUUCGCACGGAGCUCACCAAGGUGGAGGAGGAGAUCAACACCCUGCGUCAGGUUUUGUCAGCCAAAGAGAGACACGCUGUAGACCUGAAGAGGAAACUUGGCCUCAGCCCGCUCGACGAACUCAAGCAGAACUUUAGCAAGAGCUGGCAAGACGUACAGGCCUCCAACGCGUAUCUGUCUGCCUCUGCCACUCUGGAUGACAUCUCCCGCUCUGAAGCAUACAAAAAGACUCAAGAGACUCUAUCCCAGGCGGGACAGAAGACCAGUGCAGCUUUAACCACAGUGGGCUCGGUCCUCAGCAGGAGACUGGGAGACAUGAGAGCUCUACCUUUCUCUAAUUCCUUUAGCAACUAUUCCAUUCGCCACUCUAUAAGUAUGCCCGCCAUGAGGAACUCUGCAACCUUCAAGUCGUUUGAGGAUAAAAUGGGGAACCUGAAGUACAAGGUUGUUGGUCCCAGAGGAAACGGGGAGGCCAUCGGCUCCCCCACUGACACCACCCCCACUCAGGAGAACCCGCCUUUCUGAAUGCAUUCCUCCUCCUCCUCCUCCUCGCUGCCACCUUCCUCACGACCUGAGACUGUACUGUUAAUCACCUCACAUCGCAGAGUCUGCCCUGACCUUUGACCCUCCAGCUCACCAACUUGCCACCACUCACACUUUGCCUCAAGGCGUGCGGAGGUGAAGAGCUCGUUGGUUCGAGGCGGGAUGAGCUUCUCCGUCACUGCUGGCUCCACCGCCUCCAUCCUUCUGCAUUGCUGCUGGAGAAAAGGGAAAUGUUUUGUUGAUGUCUAAACCCGAAUAAUUUACAGACCAUGCUUUGUUACAUCUCCACCCCCUGCUUCUACUUCCUCCCCAGUCAGACCACACCCCUUUUUAGUCAAUCGGUCAACACUGUUGUCUCCUGCACUUUUCAGACACCUUUUUUGAACAGGUGGUUCCUGUUUCAGAAGAUCACCUGGCAACAAAAAAAAGAGGCAUUAUUAAGAUUUCAAGCUCUUAAACUAAAUGGGGAACUUUACAUUUAUCUUUGGGAUUGGGUGUUUGUUAAACUGUUGCGGCUAUGCAUCAAAAGGUAGGCUUCAUUGUUGGGCCCCGACUCGCAGUAUAGGGGCCAGGGUAUCUGGAGGAGCAUGUUACAUGCAGACACAAGAUGGCUGUUUGUACGGCUACUCUUUCUGUCUUCUUGUUUCUGACUCCCGUCAUGUACUUACCCGUCACGUCACCCCAGGAUCCCGAUAUAUCCCUCAAACGGUGUACAGAGUUAUCUUCACAGCUCUGCCACCUGGUGUGAACCCAUGUUAGUGGGUUUACUGGUGGGGUCCAGCACAUCCCACUCCUCUUAGACCUUCUACUGCUACAUGCAUGUGCACAUUUCAUCUCAGUUGUACCAUACUAACCCUGCAAAGAAGACUCGUGUAACACCCUAAGAACACCCCCAGGAUGUAAAAACGGGAAGAAAAGAAAAACAACCGUACACCAUUUUGUAUUACAAACUAUUUUACACUGCUUUGCAAAAUGUUUUUACAUAACUUUUAUCAAUAUGUAUAAAUAUAGAUGAGUAAAUAUAUUGUCACUGAUGCUGCCGAAUAGCAGUAAUCGGGUUAGGAGGUUUAAGAAAAAGCAGGGGGAGGCUAAACAAACCUAAAAAAAACAAACUAUGGGCCAGUUUCACAGACGUGAGUUUUCUUCUGUACAUUUUUUUUUCCCCUCUAAGUACAAGUGUGGUCUAAAUUUUUUUUAUUUUAUUUUUAUGUUUGUGAAACUGACUCAUUAAUGAGCUGCAGUCGCUUUGCACCCGUCUGGGCACAAGAUUUAUUGGAUGAGAACAAACCCAAUAAUGAAAGUGGUUUCAUGUGACUGGAGUACCGUGAUGGUUUGAUCUCUGCAGCAGGUUAACAACGUCAGACGACGCGUUGACAUGUUUAGAAACAGUUUCUUCUCUCCCCCCCCCGCCCCGGUUCGACUGGAGUUCCCUUCCUGUUGUUGAAGUGAUGGUUUGGAUGUUCUGAAGUGUGUUUGUAUACGUAACAAGGUACUUCAGAGAACAGAUUAGUGAUACGAUAUACUUGUGUUCACUGCUUUGCCUCUCCGAUCUGGAGCCGCCACCUUGGACGAGUACCUCAUACGACACGACUUCAAGAGAUCUCAAUGAUCCUUUUAACGUUCAGAUCUCAAUGUGAGACGACGCUUUGCUUUCUACACUAUGGGGUGGAUGUCAACGCUUCUCCAUCAGCCUUACUCACUUUAAAUGGAUCACUUAUUAUAAUUCAUGUGGUAGGACAGAAAGUAGAUUUUCCUUUUUUGUUGUUGUUGUACAGACGAGUUUGAUUGAAAGAAGGAAAGUUAGCAUCACCACAUUUAGAGUGAAGGGCCACACAAUGUGUCAUAAGAUGUUCUCGCUGCCAUUAGGAGAGACUGCUCACGAUCCCUUUAUGGAAACAGAUGCACUCCAGUGAACACGCGGUGGAUGCUACUAAAUGCCCCGAUCGCGAACUCGUGUUGCGUGAGGCCAAACUACAAACGCCUCUUGUACAAAGUCACUGAUGCUCUUAUUGUCGCGCACCUGUAGAAAACAGAAGCUCUUACAAACCACUCAGCCUCCCAAAAGAUGACCGUAAACCUGAGAGCUGUGCAGGGCCGCACUUUUAUCCUCAAACUGAAAACCUUUUUUUUUUCUUUUUCUUUAUUGCCGCAGGUGGUUUGACAUGUUACACUAAUUUCCUGCCAACAAAUAUAAUGCAGCUUGUGGAAAUAAUUGCCCAAAUCUAUCUUAUGUCACUGAUGACGCACUGGCGUUGUUCCAGUGUUGCCUCUCGCAUUGCCAAGACUAUUUUAAAAUAUUGCAACGACAACAUGUUGCUUGUGUAUCCUGCCUCAGCUUCAGCACAAUGUCUCCUAAUGUUAGUGUCAUUGAGGCAAUAGAAAAGGAUCAAAUAUGAAUUGUUAUAUCCCUUAACUUCUUUGGAAACAUAAAUGUUUUCAGCCAAAUUUUCAGAGCAAGCUUCAGACUCACUCGUACGCCAACAAAUUGAAAGGAACAAGGUAACAAAUGUCUCUGCGACUGCUUUGCUUCAAUGAACAUGCAUUGAAUAAAACGACCUGCAGGUUAUUAACGAAAGCUCCCGGCUGCUGCCAGUGUAUCAUAAGUGUAUUCUCAUGUUUUUGUUUGUGUUGAUCAUUUUGCUAGUUAAUAUAUUCCUGUUAGGUGAAUUGUUUGGCUUUCUUUUUGUUAGAGGAGGACAUUUUGGUAUUUGUAAAAAAAAAAAAAUUGCCAAUACUAAAAUAUGUGUUUCAUAAUCUCUAUCUGCCUCUGACUCUCAUGGAGUCUGACUUUCUGCUUCGUCGGGAUGAGAAAAGCAGAUGCACACGACAAGAAAUAUGAAUCUCAAGUCAUUUACUUCAGAAUUUACUCUUAACAUUUUUUUUUUUUACACUAGGCAGAGAACUUUCCACUUACUUGAUGCUUUUUGUCCGUAAUCUGCUCAACGUACUAGAAAAAGGUGGUUUUAGAUAUUGAAUUAAAUGACUUGACUUUUGUUCCCCCCGCAGUGCAUACGUCGCCUGUUUAGAGCUGCUUUCGGUUUUGUAGUCGUGAUGGAUAGAAAAAAGAUGACGCUCUUUUGAUUUGGGUGCCAAUGGGAAGUGCAGCACAUCAGUGCCAGCCGCCGCGAGGCUGGAGGACAGAGUGCGUCUAGCUUUAUCUCGGUCCUGGGCCUAACUGGUGUAGAAUAUCCAAAGGGAUCUGAUUUGGAAGAUUAUGGUGAAUGAAUUAUUUGGUUUUCUUGUAUAUGUUUGGAUAUCAAUAAAGCAUUCCUUUACAUUAA